AUGAAGUCAAACUCAAAACCUGGUUCCAAAAAAACUGCUACCGAUACAAAAAGACGAAAUGAAAAGCAAGUAGCUCAAAUGUCUAAAAUGCCCUCUAAUGUGGUUUCUACAAUUUCUCAAAACAAAUUGAAGGAGAUUCGGAGAUACUUUGACUGUCCAAAUUUAACAGGGCAAAAGAGUCUUGCAAAUGAAUCCAGCUUAGAAGCAAAUAUUUCGAACAAAUCAUUUGACAGCGAGGUGAUUAUUGAUUCUGUUAUGAGGAAGGUUGUUGAGCUAAACCGUGAUAAACUCACAGACGCAUCCCUUCUAAAAGUUCUCACCUCAGUAUAUCUAGAUGCAAAAUCAAAGCUCGAAGAUAAUGUUUCGAAGAAUUCAGUCCACCAGAACUUGAAUUCUAUAAGCGCUUCAAAUAUUCCUUUAGACUUAAAAAAGUCUGUGUCAGAAGGGGACAAUAUGCCAAUAUCAGAUGAAAAUUUCCACCAGCUAAGGGAAGAAGCUGGGUUUGCAGUGAGUGCGACCCAUGAAUCUGCAGACAAACUACUAGCCAACCCUGUAACUGACUCAGAUUUGUCGAGACAGAAGGACUUAUAUAUUCAGUCGAACAAAGGAGCCUCUAUAUCUUCGGACAGACGUGAUGCUGAAACGACAGAGAAAUUUAAGGUUAAUGGCACUUCAUCUAAUGGUAUUCAAACAAGCGUUGUUUCCGCCUUCCCUCCAGCUCUUACUCCUAUGGCAUUUGGUUCUGGACAGGACGCCCAUUUGCUAAAACAGGAAGAAAAUCGUCGACAAUGGAAAGCUGCAUUAGACGAACAGCUAAAAGAACAGCAACUUAAGCGGGAGAAACGUAUACAACAGACACAGAGGAAAGGUGGAGAUGAUAAACAUCAGGAAGAAUCUAUUGCAAAUGAUCUACAACACGUUGACACUCAUUCGUGUGUUAAUGGGUCGAAUAAACUAGGCAGUAAUGUGCGCAACAAUGCAUUAGUUUCACACCCUUCAGCUAGUCACUUCUUGUCAUCGGACUUUUCGUUACCUGACUCGACAGUAAACACCGAUUACACAUUAUCCCAUGGAGCAAAGAAUCAGUCCAGCAAACUGAGCUUUAAUCGUGUACGUGGCUUUACUCAACAAAUAUACAAUGAUUCUGUAGAGGCUGCCGAACGAGCAAGACUUGCUCACGAAACUAGAUUGAUAAAUUUGAAACAGAUUGAAGAAAGACGUCGUCAGAAAGAAGAAGAAAAGGCAAGACUCAUUAUGGAAGAAAAGAUGGAAGAAGAGCGUAUUGCUCGUGAGCGUCUUCGGCUACAACAGAUGGCUGAGUUGGAAAAUGCUCGAAAAAAAGCGAAAAAUUUGGAAGAAUUUCAACGUACACAAUACUUAUAUGAAUCACUUGCUCGUGCUGAAGAAGAAGCAAAGUUGAAUAAAGUUCGAAAAAAUCCAUGCUAUUCUGAAAUUCAUCAAAAUGAUGGUUUCCUAGAAUUCAAUAGAAUUCCAAAAUCCGAAUCUCAUAAUGCUUCAUCUCUUACGGGUGGUCAGACUAAAAUUACUAAUCCUGCUUUAAGUUUCACAUCUACAUCUCCUUGGAAUGCGUCAGAUAACCCGUCUUACAACAAUCACUAUUCUAUGGCACCCGCUAAAUCAUCGUUUGCUAUUCAAACUUCAUUUCUUGAAGAUAUUGGCAUUCAAACAGAAUCUGUCUCAACAGAUAAUUCUGAGAAUCUUCGGGCUUCAAAUAGCACAGAAGGUAAGACUGGAAUGAAAGGCACUGCUACUUACAAACUAACUCCAAGUGAUAGCAAACUGAUGAAGAACUAUUCAAACAAGGCAGUUAAUCAAACUAAAUUACCUUCCAACCGCUCUCGACAGAAUCGUUCUUUGCCAACAGAUAAAAAUAUACAACAGAAGAUUUCAAAUGUAAAUAAAAAGGAAACCCUAAAUGUGUUGAAAUCUAAACAGAAUUCAAAAAUUCAACCACGCCAGCUUGAUGUCCCUAAUAAUAACAAUGAUAUUAAAUCAACCGGUGAACAAUCAGUCCUAUCUAUCAGUAGGACGCUAUCAUCAAGUCUGGAUAAAAUAAAUACUCUAAAAUCAGGACUGGGAAGAACUGUCCAAGACGGUUAUUGCUUCAAAAGUCGUAUCCCUGUGCCAAUAUCCACAACCCACAGUAUAACAAUGAAUUCCCUACCUAGACAACAAGUCGCCACCACCUAUUCUUCAUCUAAGAAAACAUCGUAUCCUGAUAAUCAAAAUCCUUACGGACCUUUAGACCUUAUCCGUACAUAUGAUGUUUUGAAUCCGAAUGUUAUGAGUCAUGUGGCCCCAAUUGUAAGUGAAGAAACUGAAAAUACCGUUGCAAACACAAAGAAAACAGAUGCUAAGGACCCACUCGUAAAUCCCAAUUCAAUAAAUGAACGACCAAUCAAUCAACAAGAGACUAUUUUACAACAAUUAUCGGAAAUUCGUAAAGGUUUACAACUACGCCAAAUGUUAUACGAAUCAGGAACAUAUGAAGAUGAUAGUGAUGAGUGA